GACGGCGAGGAGCCGGGGGCGGGACCGUCCCAGCUGAGGAUCGGAGAGCGGCUGGAGGGUCGGGGGCGGGGCGUGCAGAGGGGCGGGGCGUGCGGAGGCCGGGACGGCGCCCCCGGCCGGCUCAGCGCGGAGCAGCUCAGUGCCCCCCGUGCCCCGCUCCGGCAGCCCCACGCUCGCGCCCGCCAUGCCGGAGCAGUUCAGCGUCGCCGAGUUCCUGGCCGUCACCGCGGAGGACCUCAGCUCCCCGGCUGGGGCCGCCGCCUUCGCCGCCAAGAUGCCCCGAUCUUGGAAGGAGACCAAGCCAUCCUGCAAAGAAUAAAGAAGGCUGUGCGGGCAAUCCAUAACUCUGGCCUUGGCCAUGUGGAGAAUGAAGAGCAGUACCGAGAGGCCGUGGAAUCCUUAGGCAACAGCCACCUGUCCCAGAACAGCCAUGAGCUGUCCACAGGCUUCCUAAACUUGGCCGUGUUCACCCGCGAGGUCGCUGCGCUCUUCAAGAACCUGAUUCAGAACCUGAACAACAUUGUCUCUUUCCCCCUGGACAGUCUGAUGAAGGGGCAGCUGAGGGAUGGGCGACAGGAUUCCAAAAAGCAGCUGGAGAAGGCAUGGAAGGACUAUGAAGCCAAAAUGGCCAAGCUGGAGAAGGAGCGCGAUCGGGCCAAGGUGACAGGAGGGAUCCCUGGGGAGGUGGCCCAGGACAUGCAGAGAGAGCGGCGCAUCUUCCAGCUGCACAUGUGUGAGUAUCUGCUCAAAGCUGGGGAGAGCCAGAUGAAGCAAGGUCCUGACUUCCUUCAGAGCCUCAUCAAGUUCUUCCACGCCCAGCACAACUUUUUCCAAGAUGGCUGGAAGGCUGCCCAGAGCCUGUUCCCCUUCAUCGAGAAGCUGGCAGCCUCAGUACAUGCACUCCAUCAAGCCCAGGAGGAGGAGCUACAGAAGCUCACCCAGCUCCGGGACUCCCUCCGAGGGACACUGCAGCUUGAGAGCAGAGAGGAACACCUGAGCCGGAAGAACUCAGGAUGUGGCUACAGCAUCCACCAGCACCAAGGCAACAAGCAGUUUGGGACGGAGAAAGUGGGCUUUCUAUACAAGAAAAGUGACGGAAUUCGAAGAGUCUGGCAGAAAAGGAAGUGUGGAGUCAAGUAUGGCUGCCUGACCAUCUCACACAGCACGAUAAACCGGCCCCCAGUGAAGCUGACCCUGCUGACAUGCCAAGUGAGGCCAAACCCUGAGGAGAAAAAGUGCUUCGACCUGGUGACCCACAACCGGACGUACCACUUCCAGGCGGAGGACGAGCACGAGUGUGAGGCGUGGGUGUCAGUGCUGCAGAACAGCAAGGACGAGGCCCUGAGCAGCGCCUUCCUCGGGGAGCCCAGCGGUGGCCCGGGGUCCUGGGGGGCCGCCGGGCAUGACGGGGAGCCCCAUGACCUCACAAAGCUGCUCAUCGCGGAGGUGAAGAGCAGGCCUGGGAAUAGCCAGUGCUGCGACUGCGGGGCUGCAGACCCCACGUGGCUCAGCACCAACCUGGGCGUGCUCACCUGCAUCCAGUGCUCGGGCGUCCACCGCGAACUGGGCGUGCGCUUCUCGCGCAUGCAGUCACUCACCUUGGACCUGCUGGGCCCCUCCGAGUUGUUGCUGGCCUUGAACGUGGGAAACACGAGCUUCAAUGAGGUCAUGGAGGCCCAGCUACCCUCACACGGCGGCCCUAAACCCUCAGCUGAGAGUGACAUGGGCACCCGCAGGGACUACAUCAUGGCCAAGUAUGUGGAGCAUAGGUUUGCACGCCGGUGCACACCUGAGCCUCAGAGACUCUGGACAGCCAUUUGCAACAGGGACCUCCUGUCGGUACUGGAGGCCUUUGCCAAUGGGCAGGACUUUGGACAGCCACUGCCAGGGCCUGAUGCACAGGCACCUGAAGAGCUCGCCCUGCACUUGGCUGUCAAAGUCGCCAACCAGGCCUCCCUGCCUCUGGUGGAUUUCAUCAUCCAGAACGGUGGUCACCUGGAUGCCAAGGCUGCUGAUGGGAACACGGCUCUGCACUAUGCAGCACUCUACAACCAGCCCGACUGCCUCAAGCUGCUGCUGAAGGGGAGAGCUUUGGUUGGCACAGUAAAUGAAGCAGGCGAGACAGCUCUGGACAUAGCCAGGAAGAAGCACCACAAGGAGUGUGAGGAGCUGCUGGAGCAGGCCCAGGCGGGAACCCUUGCCUUCCCUCUACAUGUGGACUACUCCUGGGUAAUUUCCACAGAGCCUGGCUCUGACAGUGAGGAGGAUGAGGAAGAGAAGGUGGGUCCCAGCCCUGUCCCUCAGGCCUCUGGAUGGCAGAAGGAAAGAGCCAGAUUGGGCCUGCGCUGCUUGCUGAAGCUCCCAGCCCAGGCUCACUGGGCCAGUGGCAGGCUGGACAUCAGCAACAAGACCUAUGAGACUGUCGCCAGCCUGGGAGCAGCCACCCCUCAGGGCGACAGUGAGGACUGUCCCCCGCCCUUGCCAGUCAAAAACUCUUCUCGGACUUUGGUCCAAGAGUGUGCAAGACGUGCCAGUGGAGAUCGUUCUGAAGUUUCCAGCCUGAGUUCAGAGGCCCCUGAGACCCCUGAAAGCCUGGGCAGUCCAGCCUCCUCCUCCAGCCUCAUGAGCCCCUUGGAACCUGGGGGUCCCAGCCAAGCCCCACCCAACUCUGAAGAGGGCCUCCGAGAGCCCCCAGGCACCUCCAGACCCAGCCUGACAUCUGGGACCACCCCUUCGGAGAUGUACCUCCCCGUCAGGUUCAGCUCCGAGAGCACUCGCUCAUAUCGGCGGGGGGCACGGAGCCCUGAAGAUGGUCCCUCAGCCAGGCAGCCUCUGCCCAGAAGGAACAUGCCGGUUGGCAUCAGUGAAGGAGAUGGCUCAAGGACUGGGAGUCUCCCAGCAAGUUCUGUGCAACUUUUGCAAGAGUAGCUCCUUGCUGGCCCCCACAUGCCUCAUGCCGGGCCCCAACGUUCAGAGCUGGGACUUGAGCUCACAAAACUGGGGAGCUGAGACGUUUGUUCUGUUGGAUCUCACUCUUUCUGUCCCUUGUGCCUCUGUGGCUGGCCUGUUUCCUGCCACGGGCCAUACCUCUACCAAGGACACAUGGCCUUUCCUUGUUAGGGCUGAUGGCAGUUCUUUCCUAUCUCAUUACCCGCUAGGGGCCUGGGAGCCCUGUGGCUGGAUCUGAGUGCUCCUGAGCUGGCUUCAGCUGCAGAACUCUCAGUCCCUCAUCAGAUCGAGACUCUAUUUCCCCCAUCAGUCUGGGGGCUUCACAAGGGAAGGAGAGCCCUCCAUCACUGACUUCCAGAUCAGGGACCCUGCCAAGUAGGGACUGUCUUCUCAGCCAGCCGUUUAUUAGUCUAAUAUUCCUUCACUAAAUUCCACCUCUAUGUCUGGACCUGUGUUAGGCACUUCAGAUACCACACGAGUAAGACAAGGGCCCUGCAGGGUGGUCCUUUGGUGGAAAGCUGGUCUUAAGGGUUGGGCUUGGGAAUAGGCAGGGUCAGAUUCCAGGUAAUGGCUCUGGACUCAGCUGGUUUAUACCUGGAUGACCAUUACAGUUGUCUACAGAUCACAUCCAUUCUGGCUGGUCAACAUGCAUGCUGUACUGGCUGUUAAAUAAAAAUAUUCUGAAUGUCACUCCUUUUGAGGGACAGCACAGCCUUCCCUAGGGACUCUCCUGUAUUCCCCAGCCGAAUAGUAGUGUCAGAUGCCCCCACAUUUGCCUGUGUCCUUGAUUUAGCAGGAAGGAAAGGAAUGGUCUGGGUUGAUGGAUGCCCACUUCUCUUCUCUUUCUCUUGGUCAACUCAGGAGGCUUUUAGUCUGAGGGAAUGGAGAGGCAAAGAAAGAAGGGAGAGUAAUAGAAUUGGGAGGGCAGAGACUUAAGGGUUCUGCUUCCCAGCACUAGAAAUUCUAUCAUUGCUCAGCCCCAGUGAGAAAGCAGAUACAACUAAGCCAUCAUCAACCACUAACAUCUCAACUUGCCAGUUGCUGGGUGCUGGGCCCUGGCAGAAAUGGGCGAAGCCAAGCAGGGGAGACUAGAGAGCACCAAUGGCCAACACAGCUGCCUGGCUGGGGAGGCUGUGCUGUCUCCCCGGAGACCUGACUGGUCUGUGGUUCCCGCAGGAACAGGGUUGUCCUUUGAGCCCCCAGUGUCUGGUUUCAUUCAUCUCAGACUUGUUAUUUCACUCUUUAAUAAAGGACUAGGGGGUCAGUU